AUGUUCCCAGGUUUGCAGUUCCACGGCUUGCUGCUGCUGUGCCUGUGCGCCCUGUCGUCCUGCUCGCCGUUCGAGCCAUCACAAGGCCGGAACGGCGACGGGGCUCAUGGCUACCGCCGCUUCACCGACGUCCAGCGCCAAUGCCAGCCCGUGCUCUCCGCCGCCGUCGAGCUACGUUAUCACCCGGAGCGCGAAGCCUUUUUCCGACAAGAGCUCGAGCGCAAGCUGUCCUUCGAGAAGGGUGACUGGCGGCAGCAGGACGCCGGCCACGCGCCCCUGCUGCCGUUCGACGGCAGCGACGUGGCGGCAGGCGGCCGCGUGCUGCCGGACCCUCAGCGGCUCGCGACCUUUGUGCUCACGCACGUUGACAUGGAGCGCGUUGGCCCGACCGCCGUCAACGUCAGCGGCGUCCUCGUGCUUUCCAUCGCCCGGGAGAGUGCCGGCGACGAGAUCAGGCCCGGGGUGCGCGCACCCGCCGCGUCGCCGGAGUUGGAGAUUCUGCCGGGCAGCACCAAGCUCAAGAUUCCCUUCGAAGUCCCCACGCGCAGCAGCGCCGACGAUGGCGCCGGCUCGUCGAAUUGGGGCCGGAUCUCUGGCCGGAGCAACCUUCGGCCGCCGGUCAUCGCCGACAACAACAUUAUGCUCGUGGUAAGGUACCCAAAGUGGCUUACGCUGACAACCCGAGCCGUGCACGGCGAGAUGUGGAGCACCAAUGCCGUGUCGGACGCCGCCUAUUUCGACACUGUCCGGCUGAUGUCAAAGGUUAGCGCGUACAACAUGGGGUACCGGUUCCAGUCGGACGAGCUGGUUGCCAUGGCGUGCAGUCCCUGGCCGGCAAGCGACGCGGUGGCCGUGGAGAACCAUUCCGGCGAGCUGCACAGGGGCAUCUCGUUGUGCGAGGUCCUCAAUCGCUUCGCCACCGUUGCCGCACCCUGGCAGUGCAGCUCGACGGACCAGCCGUGCCGAUGGCCUGGGCCUUCCUCCGAGGCCGGCACGGCGGCGGAUGGAGCUGGCGAGGCGUUGGCCGUCGCACUGCAGGACGUCCGGUGCCACCCGUCGAGCGACGCGGAUGGCAGCAAGUACUCCGCGAGGGUGUCGGCCGUGUUCCGGGCGCUGUCUCCACGGGAGCACCGGCUCACGGCGGUCAAGCGCACCAGCCUGGACAGCAGGACGCUCGCCGUCGAGGGCGUGUGGAAGGCCACGGCGGGCCAGGCCUGCAUAGUGGGAUGCCUCGGCGGCGGCGGCGGCGGCGGCAGGAACGCGUGCCGCUACCGUGUGUGCCUCUACAUCCCAACCACGUUCUCGAUCACCCGCCGCAGCAUAAUGCUCGGACGCAUCACCACCAUCAACGCCGGCGGCGGCGAGGAGCAGACCCGCCCCCCGCUGAUGCUCGAGCAACGGGUGCCCUCAGUGCGGCUCUGGGGCCUGUCCGACGUGUUCCCCUUCCGCAUGGCGUACAACUACACAAAAGUCGAGCAGGCCGGCGAGUUUCUUCGGAGGAGCGGCUCGGCGUUCAACGCCCGCGACAUCGUCGCCAAGUCGCUGUCCUUAUCCUAUCCGAACAAGGACACCACCGGCGGCGACGAAGUGACGAGCCUGUUCCGUCUCGGCGACGAGCUUAUGCUCCGGUUCACCGCCCUGCCGGAUAUGUUUCCAUCGGAAUGGAUCGAGCGGCCCGUGCUUUUCCUGGAGAUGCUUUCCGUCGAGCAGGCGGUCGGGCCGAUCACGCCGCCGUCAUUUUGGCACGGCUCGUCCAUGGCGCCGCCGGGCGUGUCAGGCCAACCCGACGAGGAACCUGCUGCUGGCUCGGGACAGCCACAGCUGCUGAACGUGUCUGCCGAGCUCAGGAUCGUCGGGAAGCCUUUCGGUUUCGGCUGGACGACUGCUUUGUCGCUGGAGGGCGUGUACAACCCAGAGGACGGCCGCAUGUUCCUCAUCGGCUGCCGGGAUGUCCGGUUCCCGGGGCGCAAUGUGUCGACGAGCAGGGACCUCGAGGAAGGGAUGGACUGCUCCGUCGAGGUGAAGGUCGAGUACCCGCCGACGACCACUUACCGGCUCAUCGGCUCGACGGCGAAGGUUCACAUAACCAGCACAAGAAGCGCCGGCGACCCGCUGCAUUUCGCCGCGGUGAAGCUCGAGGCGCUGCCGGUCAUGUACCAGAAGCAGUGGAGGGGCGCGGGUUCCGGCAGAGUCAUCAACGGCGCCCUGUGCAUCGCGGUGCUGUCGGUCGCCGUCGCCGCCUCGCUCAGCCAGCUGCGCUACCUCAAGUUCCACACCGACGUGGCGCCGUACGUGUCCGACGCCAUGCUCGCCGUCCAAUUCGUGAGUUACGGCUUGCCGCUAAUCACCGGCUCCGAGGCGCUGCUCGAGAAGGUGACCUUCGGCUCCCAGGCGGCCAAGCCGCCGCCGUCCUCGACCUACGCCGCCGCGGCCGGCACGGACGACGAGCUGUACCGCGCCAUGGGUCAGAUGUCGAGGGCCCUCCUCCUCGCCGCGCUGCUCCUCACGCUGCGCAUCGGCCACAAGGUGCGGCGGAGCCGGGCGCGGAUGCUGGCGCGCUCGCCGCUCGAGCCGUGGCGCGUGCCGGCCGACCGGAAGGUGCUCGUGUACAGCUCCGGAGCGCCUCUGGCCGCGUUCGCUCUCGGCGUCGCGCUGACCGGGCAGGCCAUGCCCGUCGAGCAACUCGUCGCGCUGGCGCAGGACCUGUUCCUGCUCCCGCAGGUGAUCGGCAACGCGCUGUGGCGCGUCAGCUGCAAGCCCCUCGCGGAGAGCUACUACCUGGGCGUCACCGCCGCGCGCGUGCUCGCGCACGCGUCCGAGUACGUGCGGCCGCCGGCGGUCUACCCAUACUCCGACCAGUACUCCGACGAGUACCUGCACAUGUCCAGGCCUGUCGACCUGGUGGUUCCGCUCGUCGCCGUCGUGCUCGCGCUUGUCGUGUACGCGCAGCAGAGGUGGAAUUACGCAAUUGUUAGCAGGAUGUGUGACACGCAGCAGAAGAAAUUGCAGCACACGUUGUAG